UGGGCGGCUCACAACGUCCGAGCUGGUUCAGUGCAGCGUCAACGUCAGGACAUGAAGCCCUUCCUGCAGCGUGGCGCAUCCCUCGUCGCCCAUGCGCGCCACAUGAGCAGUCUGCGUGAACAGGCCGUGCGCGUCAUGGCCAGCAAAAUUCGCGCGGACCUCGAGACGAACCCCAAUCUGUGGCUCAGCGCUUCGGCCGUGGAUGAGCCCACAGUCUCCAUUCUGGAUCCGGCACCCGGAUACGCACUCGCAGGUGGAGGCCCAGAGCUGCAUCAUAACCUCAGCCUCGACUUCGACCAACCCAUGGGCAACGUGGACGUGCCACUGGCUUACCUUCCCAUAGACCCGAUCAAUCUGGCCGACCCGUUCACACUCGUGAAGCAGGAUAUGGUCAACGUCAACGAUAGUAUCAAGCGGAUCCUCGGAUCGGACCACCCCGUACUGGCCGCAGUGGCGCGCUACUUCUUCGAGCACGACGGCGGCAAGAAGGUGCGCCCCACUAUGGUACUGCUGGUAGCUCGAGCUGCCGAGGCUCAUCGUCGCGCCAUGGAUACUCCUCUGCCAGAGACGCAGUCUGAGGAGUACACGCACGCUGCACAGCAGCGUCUCGCCGAGAUCACUGAGAUGAUCCACACGGCCAGUCUGAUGCACGACGACGUGAUUGACGAGGCCGACACACGUCGCGGCCGGCCGUCCGUGAACAAAGUGUUCGGUGGCAAGAUGGCGGUACUGGCCGGCGACUUCCUGCUGGCGCGUUCGUCCGUGUCGCUAGCUCGUCUGCGCAAUCUGGAGGCUGUGGAGCUCAUGUCCACGUCGAUCGAGCACCUGGUCAAGGGCGAAGUGAUGCAGAUGAAGAACGCCGACGCCCGUGACGACAUUUCUCCCUUUGAGUAUUAUCUACGCAAGAAUUACUACAAGACGGGCUCUCUCAUGUCCAACAGCUGCAAGGCGGCGCUGGUACUGGGCAAACACGACCAACACAUCUGCGACUUGGGCUUCGCUUUUGGCCGCCACAUCGGCCUUGCCUUCCAGUUGAUUGACGAUGUGCUGGAUUACGAGGGCGUUAAUACGGGUAAACCGUUACUAGCCGACCUUAAAUCGGGGUUGUCAACGGCUCCAUUGCUGCUCGCACAGGAGGAAUUCCCCGUGCUGCGUGAGCUGUCGAAGCGGAAAUUCGCUAAGGAGGGCGACAUUGAAAUGGCUAGUGAGCUGGUGGAGAAGAGUUCAGGUAUCGCAAGGUCCAAGGCGCUGGCUAUUGGCCAGGCAGAGCUGGCAGCCCAGGCGGCCAUGCAGUUCGCUCCAUCUCCCGCGCGAGAUGCCAUGGUGCGACUGGCUCAGAAGGUCGUGUACCGGUCCAAAUAGAGCUACACCAUGCAGGAUACUCGUCCAAGGGGACGAGACUCAAAGCAAAAUGAUAAAAACUUGUUCCUCUAACUAACCAAGACGGGAGUUGCGUGGCGCUUUGACGGCUCGACUUGUUCUACCGUUAGUUGUCCAACGUUUUCUCAGAGCUAACUCUCGUGUGCAUGCGCCAGUUAGGAUGCAGCCAAGAUGCAAGAAGCGAAGCCUCGUCCCAGCAGAAAAGCGACGUCCGUCGCAUAAAGCAUUUCGCU